UAUACUAAAAUUUGAUUACUCCUAUAUAAAGAUCUCAGACCUGAUAGAAUCACCUCAUUUUGAUUGUAUCGUGUGUCAAGUGCAUCGCGAAUAUUGUUUUCUCAAAUCAUCUUUCUACAGAUCAAAAUGCUUGCGCACACGAUCGUUUUGGCACUUGCCAUCGGAAUGACAAUUUCAGCUCCAGCCCCUAACCCAGAGCCAGCUCCUGCUCCAGCACCAGCGGCAGACCCAAAUCCUAAACCAGGAUUCACCCCAGUAGUUUACACUCCUCCGGUAGCUGUCAGUUACAACGCCUUCUCCAGCUUACAAACUCAUCCUUCUUCGAUAGUCAUUAAAAGUGCACCAGCUGUAAUACCAUCACUCUCAGCACUUCCAACCGUUGCAGCUGUACCGAGUCUAUACUCGUUACAAGCUCAAGCAGCUCCGGCUGCAGUUGGCUACGCUGUUAAUUACCCGUACGUAGUCGUGUAGUCCAAUUCCAGAUUCAGUUUGCCAGCGAAUUAUAAACCAGUUUGGGAAAUGUUUAUUCGAAAUUGUUGAAUGAUUCAAUUUGUCUUGUGUGUACUUUUAAGGUGUACGUUUAUUUUUAAAUAUAGUUGAAUUUGUUUUU